AACGCGGCAGCAGCAUAUCUCGCUCCGUUUUUUCGUUCGCCCAUUCCCGUUUGCGGCGUCUAUCGGUGAGGACGUGCCUUUUCCCAAGUGUUCUACCAUCAGUCGUCAGCUCCUGCGUGUGUCGGGUGUGUGUGUGUGCGGAUCGCUAGUAGCGUCAAUCAGCAACAGCCGGAGAAUUAGUGCCCGCGCGCAGAUCAACCGGUGUGUGACUUGUUUUGCGAGAACAGGGAUAGUGAGCCGCGCUCGAGUGUGGAGUUUUCCCCGGGAAUCGGUGUGGAUAAUUCAACAAGUGAUUUUUGUCGUUUUCCACAAACGAAUAAGCAUGCGAAGGAUUCUACUGGAGAAUACGAAGGGAAAGUGGACCGAAAAGUUGAACUGCUGACCCUGUGUGAUCAAUCGUUAGCUAAACUAAUUGAGAUCGAAGCAUUAAAUUGAACUUAAUUGACCAAUCGCAAACGAAGUGUUUUUUUAUAUUUAUUGUGUCUCUGUGUGAUAGUGCUCAGUGCUUAGAAUGGCAGAGGAAAGUCUUCACGUGCCUGAUACAAACAUCGACUUUCAUAUCGUUCAGUUGUUUGAACGGCUGGAAAGCCUCCGGAGGGAACCGGGUGGGGCCAAACACUCCAACGCCCUCCAGGGACGAAUCAACAUGCACAACGAACUUCGUAGUUUGGAGUUUUGGAGAUCGAUAACCGCCGAGUGCCUGGCGUCCUUCUUCUACGUGUUCAUCGUGUGCGGAGCAGCAGCCGGAGCCGGUGUCGGGGCCAGCGUUUCAUCGGUUCUACUCGCCACGGCCCUCUCGUCCGGAUUCGCCGUCACCGCGCUAACCCAGUGCUUCCUGCAUGUCUCAGGUGCCCACAUUAACCCGGCCGUAACCAUCGCGCUGGCGGUAACCCGCAUGAUAUCGCCACUGCGUGCCAUUCUCUACACGACAGCACAGUGCGGUGGAUCGAUAGCUGGUGCUGCCCUGCUUUACGGCGUGACGGUUCCCGGCUAUCAGGGCAAUCUGCAGGCGGCAGUGUCCCACACCUCGUCCCUGGCGGCCUGGGAACGAUUCGGUGUCGAGUUCAUCCUGACCUUCGUCGUGGUGCUGUCCUACCUGAUCUCGACUAAUUCCUACAAAAAGUACUUUGGCUCGUCGGCGAUCGCCAUCGGUGCGGCCUACAGUGCCUGCAGUUUCGUCUCGUGCAAAUGCUUCAUCCUGUCAUCGUCAGCACCGGCGUUUAUCCCGGUUGCAUGGACAGAACGAACCCCGAGGGCGAAAGCACUCAAGGGUAUGCUUGAUAUCGAAGGCAUGUCUAUUGAAUUCGCUAGCAGCCGUCUCAUCCCGCACGGUACGGGGUACGGAACUGGGAAAAUGGAAAAAACGAUAGGAGGCCAAGUCCUAACGACCGAUGAAGUUGUUGCUGAGGGCCUCUGCGAAAUUCUGGAUGAUGUACGCGGCUGGCAGUUCCUUGGUGGGGGUUCUUCUGGCUCUCCGACCGCACACUACCGGGGAGUCUGCCUCAGCGUUCCCUUGUAUGUCACAGUGUCCGGGGAAACCACAAAGUGUGAUGAGGGAAUCGGCUUCGAUCUCUAUUGCCUGGAUGAAGGGGUACCGGAACUGGCCGCUCUCGAGUGCGCGAAGUACCGAGAGGGAAUCCGUGAAUAUCGUGGUUGCAGAGCAAUGGCUGCGGCUUCGACGGAAAAUACCAAGUACUCUGAC